AUGUCUUUAAAACCAUAUAGUUUUGAGCCAAAUGUUAGUGACAUUGAUAGAUUUGAACCAAAUUAUUCUGUAUCUUUAUGUUUACCAAAUGUUCAGGGAAGAACCCAAGUAGAAGUAAAUGAGUGGUGUAAUUGUGAAAAUUGUGCAAAAAUGUCGAACGAUUUAGAAUGCAUGUGUUGUUCAGAAUUUGAUAACGUAAAACAAUUAUUGGAUUCAAAAAAAUGUGUUACUGCUACUGCUUCCUUUGAAAAAAUUAUUUUAGAUGAAGAAAUAUUGAAUAUUACUCGCCAACAGAUGAUUAUGAAAACUAAAAAUAAAUUGAAGAAAAAGCAGUUGAGCGCGUUAGAAGUACCGAAUAAAACAUGGAGAUAUAUUUGUUAUGUUCAGUUUACUCAUUGGGUUAAUUCUUGGACUUCAUUGGGAAAAGAGUAG